AUGGGUUUAGCAGUUUCAAAAGAGGCUUCUUCGCCUACCGAAGCCGAAAGUGUUAUUUCAUCGAAAUUACAUGGGAGACAGGCCAGUAUCAGGCAAAGUACAAUCAAAGCCAAAGCAAAACAACCUAUGCCAGACCCUCACGAACUGGAAUUACGAUUUACGAAAGUUUUGGCUUCCAUGGAUUUACCUCCAGACAAAGCGAAACUCCUAAAAAGUUACGAUUACGAAAAGAAAUGGGAUAUUAUCUGUGAUCAGGAAAUGGUUCAAGCAAAGGACCCUCCUUCCUAUUAUUUAAAUAAAUUACGCACAUAUCUGGAUCCUAAGGCAUCUAGGAGUCAUAGGAAACGAAAAAUGGUUUUAGAAUCAACAUCCACACAAGUUCUUAGGGAUUUAGAAAUAUCAUUACGUACAAAUCAUAUAGAGUGGGUUAGGGAAUUUUUGAGCGAGGAAAAUCUCGGUCUGGACGUACUAAUAGACUAUCUGAGCUUUCGUCUCGAGAUGAUGAGACACGAGCAGAGGAUAGCAGAAUCUCGAACCACUUCUGAGGAAAAACUAGCGCCCAGCUCCAUCUCCAACACCAAUAACCAGUCGGAGAAAACUAACGGGUACAUCAGGAUGCCCAUAGAGAUCACAGAUAGCCCUGGCCUGAAAAGGAGAUCGAAACACGUGGCAAAAUUGAACAUGGGCGACUCCAAAGACGACAUACACGUGUGCAUCAUGUGUAUGAGGGCUAUAAUGAACAAUAAGUAUGGCUUCAACAUGGUCAUUCAACAUCGUGAGGCGAUAAAUUGCAUAUCGCUCAGCCUCAUCCACAAAAGUUUGCGAACUAAAGCGCUAGUUCUGGAGCUGCUGGCUGCCAUUUGUCUGGUCAAAGGUGGCCACGAGAUCAUCCUGUCGGCUUUCGACAAUUUCAAAGAAGUUUGCCACGAAAGGUACAGGUUUGAGACGCUCAUGGGUCAAUUUCUCAACUACGAAGUCUUCCACAUAGAAUUCAUGGUGGCCUGUAUGCAGUUUGUAAAUAUAAUUGUACAUUCGGUGGAAGAUAUGAAUUUCAGGGUGCACUUGCAGUACGAGUUUACUGCGCGAGGUUUAGAUAAUUAUUUGGAGAAAUUGAGGUUUACUGAAAGUGAAGAGUUACAAGUACAAAUAUCAGCAUAUUUGGAUAACGUUUUCGAUGUGGCUGCUCUCAUGGAAGAUAGUGAAACCAAAACUGCCGCUCUGGAAAAAGUUUCGGAGUUAGAAGAUGAAGUUGCACAGUUGCACGAGAGGCUGCAAGACAUCGAGCACCAAGCCCUGGAGAAGAUCGCGUGUCUGGAGACGGCGCUGAUCCAGGAGCGGCAGGAGAAGGACGAGCUGCUGGAGGUGAAGAAGCAGGCCGACGAGGAGGUUUCCACGUUGAGGAGGGUCGUGCAGAGGCACGAGCAGGAGUCGAGGAACCGGCAGUCGAUGUUCGAGUCCAAGAUGGCGGAGAUGGAGGGUGGUGGGAGCAUGCCCAGAGGAUCGUCAAUGCCCGGCAUAUCCGAUUUCGCCGACCACCCGCCUUUGCCGCCGCCGCCGACCGCUCAGCCCGCCCCGCCCGCCCUCUCGCCUCCGCCGCCCGCUCCGGCCGCCCCACCGCCGCCGCCGUGCCCGCCCCCGCCACCUCUCAAGCCCUCCGCCGGGGUGCCGCCCCCGCCGGCCGGCUUCAUGCAGGCGCCUGACGGGGCGAUGACCAUCAAGAGGAAGGUGCAAACGAAGUACAAGCUGCCUACUGUCAAUUGGGUGGCGCUGAAGCCGAAUCAGGUGCGCGGCACCGUUUUCAACGAGCUGGACGAUGACAAGUUGCACGGGUGCAUAGAUUUCAACGAUUUCGAGGAGAGAUUCAAGAUAGGUAGCACAAAUAUCAUGUCGAAUGGCGUUAGUGAGACUGACGGACUACAAACUUUCCCUAGCAAAAGGGGAAAGAAACCAGAAAAUGUCACUUUAUUAGAACACACUAGGUUGAGAAAUAUAGCAAUUUCACGUAGAAAAUUAGAAAUGGCGCCCGACAAAGUGAUAAACGCGAUAAACAUGUUGGACCUGAAACAGCUGUCAUUAGAGAACGUCGAAUUGCUCCAGAGGAUGGUGCCUACCGAACAAGAGUCCAAGGCUUACAGGGAAUACAUUAUCGAAAAGAAGAACGUUAAUCUUCUAACAGAAGAAGACAAAUUCCUCUUGCAGCUGACCAAAGUCGAGAGGAUAUCGGCCAAACUGUCUAUAAUGAGUUAUAUCGGAAACUUUUUCGAUAGCUUACAUCUAGUAACGCCACAAGUUCAUGCGAUUAUUUCCGGAUCGAACUCGGUGAAGAACUCCAAGAAACUGAGAUCCGUGUUGGAGGUCGUUCUGGCUUUCGGGAACUACUUGAACAGCAGCAAACGCGGUCCCGCCUACGGCUUCAAAUUGCAAUCACUCGACACGCUGCUGGAUACCAAAUCGACCGAUAAACGGUUGUGCCUGCUCCAUUACAUCGUCGCCACGAUAAGGCAGAAGUUCCCCGAGCUGCUUAACUUCGAUUCGGAGUUGCAUUAUAUCGAUAAAGCCGCUGUGGUGUCUCUGGAGAACAUAAAUACGGACGUCUCCGAACUGGAAAAGGGCAUGGAGGCGGUGCGCAAGGAGGCGGAGAUCCGCGGCAGGGGCGCGCACGCGCUGGUGCUCAGGGACUUCCUGCAGAACGCCGAGGACAAGCUCAGGCGGCUCAGGGCCGACGCCAAGAUGGCACAGGAGGCGUUCAGGGAGUGCGUGGAGUUUUUUGCUGAGUCGCCGCGCACGACCGACGCGAAUGCGUUUUUCUCCCUGUUGGUGCGAUUCGUGAAAGCUUUCAAGACAUCAGAUCAAGAGAAUGAACAAAGGAGAAGGCUAGAACUGGCCGCUCUGAACGCCAACAAUAAAAAUAAAGAAGACGUGGCGAAAAAGAAUAAAAUCAACCAGAAAAAACAGCAGGAUGCUGUGAUAAACGAACUUAAAACAAAAACGAGAAUGGUUCAGGAAAAGAAAUUGCUGCAGCAAGACGAGGUUUAUAAUGGGGCAUUAGAGGACAUUCUGUUGGGGCUGAAAAGCGAGCCCUACCGUAGGGCGGACGCUGUUCGCCGAAGUCAAAGGAGGCGGAUAGAUAACAACAGGCUGUCGAAAACUUUGGAGGAGAUGGAGGUGUGA